AUAAUAAACAGCGCUGGUAAGAGUAACUCCGAACCUGCAGUCGUGUUCGGAGCACGUUCCACGUGUGCUUCUACUACUUCUAGUCAUUCAUACCUAAGUUUCUGAGAGGCAUUUAGCGUACGCAGAUGUCGCUUGUGACAGGGAGUUGUUUACGAGACCCUCCAUUCUUGGUCAAAGGACUUGUUCCAGUUUGCUCGUGAAGUCGUCGAUUUUGUGGACAUGUGAAGACGAAAUUACCUCCUCGGGGAGCAUCGACGACGGCUGCUCGUGCAGUCCGCUGCCGCCUAAAUGAAUACGCUUAUUGCCAUGACCGCAAUGGCUCUAUUCAAGAUGUUAAAGCGUGUUAUGUGCAAAAACAUUGCUACAAGUGGAUCGAGACUGGUGGGCAUCCUGGGACCUCUGACAAUUCCGCCGCUGCAGAUCGCGACCUUGUACUACUUCUGGCAAGAUUAUUCCAGAAUUGUGGACAAACGGUAUUGCUCUUGUUCGUGCUGGGACACCGUGUUUAAAGGCUCAUACGAAUCUGGCAUUGCACCUUACAAACACAUGUACUUCAACGCCACCUCAAACAUGCUGAAAAUAUGGAUGCUCGUAGUGAUUGGAAUCAUCGUAUUUUACGAAACAAUGAAACAUCUGGCGAGACUGGCGAUCAAGCAAAGACUCAGGCAGUCCAUGAUGCUCCUAUUCUCAACCGCUCUGUUCUCCAACUAUUAUUCAUGGUGGGUUUACAUUAAUUACUGGAACGACGACUUUUACUCCCAGUGGUACCAUCAGCUGUUCUUUUCCGUCACUGAGUUGAUAUCCACCGCCUGGGUCGUUCAUCUGGCGGACAAAAAGAAUCCCAUAACUCACAGGAAGGCGUUCGGCAUAGCCGCGAUAGCUCUUCUGCAUAUUAUGGCUGGUGGGUGGGAUCAGUUCUUCGAGAAUGUCAUUAGGGGCGAAGGCCAUGCGCAUCAGGUCAUACGUGAUCUGGGUUUCAUGAUUCCGGACAUCCUCCACGUCGCUAUUCCAUUGUGGCUGAUUAAGUUGGAGAGCGCUUACAACAUCCAUCUUCCUAAUUCUUUAGCGUAUGUAUCCAGCAUUGUGGUGAUCGGAUUAUGCAUUUGGUCGUUUUUACUGUAAUCCGACAAUGCUGUUCGGAGGAGCGUACAAUAGGCAACGAUUUUUCUAACUCCAUACUUUCUAAAAAAAAAAAUGGCCCUCGUUAAUCUGUUAUGUUCUUCCUGAAUGCGGAAAUCCGCGACGCAAAACUCGGUCUAAUAUAAACGCCAAAGUCGAUUAGAUACUGAUAGAUUUAUUGUAGGAAAAUAGUGAGAAUUUAGUUGUCUACAAAGACGUUAUACAAAUAUGUCCUGUAAUCGUACUAUCGUUGAUAGAUGUGUUUCGAAAGUUCGAUUGAAUUUAAGUAGUAAGUUUUUUUAAGUUAUUCCGUUCUUGUUAUUUUGUAGCAUAUUGUUUUAUUUUUGUAAAUCAUUUUUUACACUUUUAUAUUAUUUAUGUGAUAUUUUACUUAUAUAUUUAUGAUGAAUGUUAAGUUUCUGUAGCGAAUCUUUAUACGAGAUCUCGAAGCGAAAGAAGCUGCGUUAAGUAAAACUGACUUAAAGACUUUCAUGAUAUUUGUAAUUUAGGAUACAUUAUAGACUGUUGAAAAAAAUCAUAAAUGAUAGCGUCGAUAGCUGAGUAAAUUUAAGUAUUAUAUUACCUAAUUACGGACAUAUCAUGUAUGUAGUUUAUGCAAACGAGACGUUAUCAUGACAGGCAAGAUUAUUACAACUCACAGACAGCGCUAACCAAAAAUAGAAUGUCCUACUUCUCAUACAAGUUAUAAUGCUUAAAGUGCCUACACAUAAUAUAUUGUAUUAUUUACAUUAUUAUGACGAUAAGCAAUUUGCAAGCAAAACCAGUUUCGCGUAUUUUAACGAAUACGACAAGUACGAGAAUAGUCACUUCAAAAAGUAUUUAUUUAGGAAAGAGUAAACUCACUCUGUAGUAAAAAAUAAUAUCGAUUUGCGCUAGUUUUCUAAUAGUAUAGUGUUAACAUGUUGAUCUUACUUCUAAUCUGGUUAUUAGAAGUUUAUUUUCUACAAUUAGUAUGAAGUCUUUUAUAGCGAUAUUAUUUACGUAGCAGCAUCACAUAUCCUGGUAGAUAAUGUGAAACGAUUGAAUGAGCAGCUUACAUCAACCAAAGUAUCAAAACUGAUUUUAUUGUUACAUUGUAGUUUUAUUGUUACAUUAGUAAUUUAUUGUAGGAGUUAUCGUAGUGUAUGUUUUAUGACGAAACUAUUUCCGAAAAGUACUGAACAGUACCUUUAGUACUUAAAUAAUUACGUAAGUCAUUUUAGCUAAUUCUAAGGAUAUUAAUUGUAGAGUACAUAUACAAAAACGGAGAUUUGUAUCCCGUCUCUUCGCAAAGACAAAAUAGUAUUAGGAUAGUAGAAUAAAUAGCAUAUUACGCGGUCUAACUUGUAAAUUGCAUUGUACGUUUACAAAUUUGAUUCACACAGUUUGUUAUUGAAAAUGAAGCAAAAGAUAAAUACAAUGAUUUAUAAGAAGUAUUGACGAUUUCGGUAAAAAAAAAAAUGUUUGUUUAAUGAUGUCAUUUGUUUAAUGAUGCAAAUGUAAUAAAACGGCCUAAUUUCCAA